CGAGAUUAACUUUUGUGGAUGAUUUUCAACAUCAACAAACAGGAACGAUAACUUUGGACAAACAACAACCCGGAAGUGGAAUUUGCACAUUGAAAACAUAAUUCCAUUCUUUCAAUUUGCAUAUAACAACUUAGAUGUAAUUAAGGGUAAUAAGUUCAUAAAGUGAAGUAUGUUUGGGGCAGACGCUGCCCAGGCUGCCAUACUGGACUAUGACAGUCAGCGCACUGAAUCCAAGCACCAAGAUGCAUUUGACUACUUGUUUCCAAAGUUUAUACAUCAGUCACCAUGGCAACAAAGUGGUCAGAGUAGAAAUAAACUUCAUGUAGAAGACUUCAUUCUAAUAGCAGAGUUUUCUGAGCAAGAGGGUCCAAGGCCAGUGAUUGUCAUACCAAAAGAUGGUGGGCAAAAUUUUGACCAGAAUGAGUUUUCUGUUAAAAUAUUGGCUGUAGAUCACCAGUCUUCUAUUGUAGAAGGUUUUGAAGUUACAGAAGAUGCUCAGGUUGUAAUGACUGAUCCUGAUACAGACACAAAUGCAUUUAUUCACCACAUUGUAUUAAAUGAUAUACAAGCUAGAGGUUAUGUGAGACCAUUCUGUAUCACCUAUGUUACAGCAGAUCCUCUGAAGAUAAUGAAGUGCUAUGAGGAAAUAUCAUGUCAGAUGAGAAAGGUAGCCAGACUGAUGAAGUAUGGGAACAGACUUGUAUUUAUGAGAGAUCUGGAAAAACAUCUGGAAGAUCUGAGCUAUACUAAAGCUCACUUGUUGUUGUCACAGAAUAGGAACCAGGUGUCAUCACAAGGUGAUAAUGAUCUACUUAAUGCCCUGAAUACAUUGAGACAAUGUAUGGAAGAGGUGAAGGACAUCCUGUCUAACCUCAGACCUGCAUUACAGGUAGAUACAGAGCUGUCAGAGAGGUUUCAGUAUUAUGAGAGGGAGUUAAGAAGUCAAAGACAUAAAGAUGAUGUUGAUUCUGAUACAUCAAGCUUGAAAGAAUUUGGUAGUAAAGAUGAUUUACAAUAUACAGACAACCAGAUAUCUGGCUCAUAUAAUGACAGAUCAUCAGAGUUUAGUCUAUUUAGUAAAGUUAAAGAUCAAAAGCCUAAAUUACUAGAUGUUAGUACUAUACGUGGUAAGAGAAGAUUUGAUCGUUCACUACGUGGUCUACAUGAGUUGUGUUCAUGGGGUGCUAAGGAAGGUCUACAGAGGCUUCGUGCAUUUAGAGAGUUUUUAAAGAGAGAUUUGGCCAGUAUUUAUGUGGAUGAACUAGACAUGUCAGCUCUAGUUCCAGAGAGUGGUGUAUUAUGUUACAGUAAUAAUACAGUUGGUGCUAAUUUCUUGUCAACAUCAGGCAGUAUCAAGAAUUCAUGCUGUUUGAAGAGGAAAGUAUCAGAGGUGGCCUUCCAUCAUACUGGCUUAACAUCGCUUGGAUCAGUGGACAGUUUCAAGUCACUCUCGUCAUCAUUCCAGUCAUUCUAUGACGAAGAUACAAUGUAUUCUGCUAACUCCAGUAUGGUAGAAACAUCUGCAAGUGCCUACGGUUUUGAAAGACAGAUAUCAGAGAUGUCAUCAGCCAGAGAUAGUUAUGAUACUGGUCCUGAAGAUUUAAUGUUUCCUAAUGAUGGUUCCUUUGAUCCAAAUAAUUACCUAGACCCCUCUGCUGUAGACUGGAAUAGUUCAUUACUGGACACUUUAAAAGCUGGAGAACCAUAUAACAGUAAUGAUGUCGAAUCAAAGGUUGAAAAACCCACUAAAUAUGAUUCGGCUCCUUCAAUAAACAAGUGUAAAGAUGAUUUGAGUAAACACAGGAGUGAUUCUACUGUUUCUGAUUUCUAUGACAUUGAUAUUGAUAAAGAUUUGAAGUGUAAUGUUAAAGGAUGUGCUUGUGAUAAGACAAACAGAAAAUCUGCAGAGGAUAAAAGAAAGUGCAAUACAGAACAAACUGGUGCUAAAGAUAUAGAUUCAGAUUCUCCAAAUGAACAUAAUGAUAAUAACCAGGGAAAGUGCAAUGAUGAAUUAAAAGAGGAUAAAACCAGAGUGUUCAAUAUCGAUAGACCUACAGAUUUAGCAUUAAAUACAGAAUAUAUACACGGUGACCAUGAAGAUAUAACACCUGUUAUGACCGACAGUACUUCUACACUGUGUGAUCAAAUUCCUGUGAUACAAAAAUGUGACAGUGCUAGUAUUAAAACUGUUGAAACAGACAACCAUACUGUUGAUGUUGAGAGUGGGCAUGAGGUAACAAAGGACGGUAGUGAUGAAAUUAAAAGUAUAUCAUCAGAACAAAACACAAAGAUUGAAAAUGAUACAAAAUGCUGUGUAAUUCAACAUAAAGCAGCCCAGUCAGAGAUUUCCUCUGAUAGUGGUUUAGAUAUUGAUAACAUCCUUGAAAAACAAACCAGUCUUGACUUUGGAAGUGUAAGUGAUAAAAGUUCAGAUAUAGAAUUUGGGGAGAAAACUGAAGAGUUACUAGGCGACGGUUUCAGUCUUGACCAUAAUAAUCAUGGAUACACUAUUUGUCAAGACAGUGUUCCCCAGAGAACCUCUGUCUGUGAAAAUAUAUCAGCCAUGGAGGCAAAGAAAAGAAAGUGGAAAUUUAUGCAUCCAUUUAAAAACUUACAUGAUGGGGAAAACUCUGUAGGUCAUUCCUUACAGAAAGUAUUAGUAAAUUACAACAAUAUACAGCACAUUGUGUUUAGUUUGUUGUCAGGGAGACCAGUGGUUGUCAUGGGAACAAGAAGACAGGAAGUGACAAUCAGGGAAUUUAUUCAGGCAAUGUCUAUGUUUGUGCCAUAUACACCUAGGUCAAGUUCUGUAAGUUUGUUAUGCCAGAUAAAGCAGUUAAAGAUGUCAGAUAUGCACAAGUUUCAACUUCGAGGGGUCAUCAGAUCUGAUAAACGUUCAAUUGACUACUUAAUACCCAAGUCAGUCAGGAGAUUCAUGACUUUGAUUGACCUAGAGAAGAAUGUUGUAUAUUGUCAACCUUACCAAGGCAUCUUACUAAACUUUAUAACAUCAAUACAUAACAAGAAGAAAACAUUUAAGUCUGAGGCUGCCAUUUUGACCUUCACACAACUGUGUUUACAGGAGAUCUCAAACAAGGCUUUCAGUUUCUACCAUACUGUCACUUCAAGUAAUGAGCAAAUAGAUUUUAUUGGUGCAUCUUUGCCUCAUAAGAAUUGCAUGCUGGAGUUGACAUUGGAGAAAUAUCUGAACAGAGCUGGUGUUCACAACUCAGAUUGUAGGAUUGUGAAGUAUCUGACAGAGAUUGUAAAACUACAACAAAUAGAGGAAGAAUUCAGGAGCAAAUAUUUAACUGAUGCUCCAGCAUAUCCAUUUAGUGUUACACACCAGCCAAUGCAGACAUACAGACUGUGACCAUGAUUAUUGCAGGAAGAUAACUUUCCAACCAUAAAACAUGAUGUACCAGUCUAUAUAUAUAGGGCUAAAUUGAUCUCCUGGGAAAAUGUAAUUGAUCAGAUCAUGUAAAAUAGCUUGUUAGACCAUAUACUGACACAUGUGACAAAUUGAGCCGCAUCAUGACAAAACCAACAUAAUGGGUUUGCGACCAGCAUGGAUCCAGACCAGCCUGCGCAUCCGCACAGUCUGAUCAGGAUCCAUGCUGUUCGCUUAAAAACCCUAUUAUAAGUAGAGAAACUGAUAGCGAACAGCAUGGAUCCUGAUCAGGCUGGUCUGGAUCCAUGCUGGUCGCAAACCCAUUAUGUUGGUUUUGUCAUGACGUGGCUCAAAUUAUGCUUUCAACUUGGUGGAUAUAGUGAACUGUAUUGUAUAAAUAUAGAGAUUAUGAACAUCAGUUGUAUUUGUAAGAGAAUUAGAAUAUUUUAUUUAAACAUGUUAUCUUAUCUGAGCAGUCACAUAAACAGAUAAUGUUUUAAUAAUCAAGUAAACAUAAAAAACUGUUGUUCGCAUAAUUAUGAUAUGAAAUAAGAUAACUACAAAAAUGUACAUAUUGAUAGAACUGUAGGUUGUAUAAAACAAACGUUUCCAUUUUUAAGUGUGCCAUAUGUUUGUUUUUAGUUCACUUGAGCUCCUGAUGCUUAAGGUAAACUUUUCUGACCGUCUGAUGUGAUCAUGCCUGUUUUCCGUCCAUUAGUCUGUCAACCUAUUGUCUGUAGCAGUAUCACUGUAUGUCUGUCAACUGUCUGUAUAAAAACCAGAGUUUCAGCUGUUAUUUGAACUGAACAAAAGUUGCGCAUACCUUGUAAGACAAGUAGAUCCUGGUCUAGUUUUGUUUCAGGCUGUU